GCGCUCUGGACCGGAGGCACGUUUAAAAUAGCGCUUCAAGAGCUUUCGGGGGAAAAAAACUUUCUCAGCUGAUUUAUCAAAUAACACCUUUCCCAUGGUCAAAAGAAGAAAUGAGUCACUGGCUAAAAUGGAUUUUCUUCUGGAUAGUAAAUGCCAUUCCUUUUACUUUUGGCAUGGCAGUAAAUGAUAAAAUAGACCAUUUAUGCCCUCCUCUAAAACUGGACAAAAGAUGGUAUGUCAACAUGAACGACCGUCAUGAGUUUACAGGGUUUGAUUUGGCAGAAAAGUUUGUUCUUCGGAAGGGAACAAGUACAGACGACAGACCUUUCUUCAGACUAGGCAAUAAGCCCCUGAUUAAAGCCACAGAGUUGGUAUUUCAGAGUGGACUGUCUCAUGAGUACUCCCUGGUAACUAUGUUCCGACUCAGAAAAUCUACAAAGAAGGACCGAUGGCUUCUUUGGCAGCUCUUUGACCAGGCUGGAGAAUCACAAGUAUCAGUAGUAGUGGAUGGGGCUAAAAAGGUGGUUGAGUUUACAGCCAUGGGCUUACUGAAGAAUAAACUCCACUAUGUAUUCAAAAACCGGGAUCUGCACAUCCUCUUUGACCGCCAGUGGCAUAAGCUUGGGAUAUCUGUACGAAGUAGCACUGUGGCAGUCUAUGUAGACUGUAAGCUAAUUGAGACACAUCUGACUGGAGCUAGAGCUGCAGUAGACUUGGAUGGACGUGCACUUAUUACUACGAGGCUGGAGGAUGGACGGCCAGUGGACAUUGAGCUUCAGGAGAUUCUGAUCUUUUGUGAUCCCAAUGUGGCAGGAGAGACCAAUUGCUGUGAUGCAUCAGGAGCCAUCUGUGGUGUUAGAGAGGCCCAUGCUCCUACCUCUUCCCCACUGCUCACGGAUUACCGCCGCCAAAUGCUGUUCACGCCAACCCAACAGCCCUCUGAUCAAUGCCAAUGCCGGGCAGAGAAGGGAGAGCCUGGUCAUCAAGGUGUGGCUGGAUUUCCUGGAACAAAAGGCGAUAAAGGAGAGAAGGGGGAUUCAGGAACUAAUGGGUAUCCUGGUAUUCCUGGGGAGAAGGGUGACAUGGGCAUUGCUGGCAUGCCUGGCUUAGACGGUCAUCCGGGGAAUAAGGGUGAGCCUGGGUCAGCUGGAGAGCAAGGAAUUGAUGGUGAAAAGGGUGAAAAAGGAGCUGCAGGAGAACAUGGUCCCAUGGGAACACCUGGACUAGAUGGUUUGAAAGGAGACCCAGGACCUGAGGGCCAACCUGGACUGAAAGGUGAAAAAGGAGAUGCAGGUCCACCAGGACUUUCUAAUAUAAAAGAAGGUCAGAAAGGAGACCAGGGUCCCCCAGGUGUUGCUGGAGAAAAGGGAGAAGCUGGUUUACCUGGUCCACCGGGAGCCCCAGGAAAAGAGGGGAAAAGGGGUCGCAGAGGAUAUUCAGGGGGGCCUGGUAUUCCGGGACCACCGGGACCCCCUGGAUCAUCUGAAGGCAGAGGCAUCAAGGGGGAGAAAGGAGAUCCAGGUGUGAUGGGAGAAAUAGGACAGAAGGGAGAGAAAGGAGAUGCAGGUCAACCAGGUCAAGAGGGUGCCCUUGGCAUUAAAGGACAGAAGGGUGAAGUUGGCCUCAGAGGACCCCCAGGCCCAGUGAUGACAGCGCAUGGGCUCAGACACCUCUCUGUACCAAGUGAAGCAGGGGAGAAGGGUGAAAAGGGGGAAAAGGGAGACCUGGGCGAAAAAGGCAUUCCAGGGCUGCCAGGUGUCAAGGGAAAUGAUGGAUUGCCAGGACAAAUUGGAAAGCCAGGUCCACAGGGCAAAGAAGGACUGCCUGGUCCUGCUGGAUUUCAAGGUCUUUCGGGAGAUAAGGGAUUAGUAGGGGAGCCAGGAUCACCAGGCAGAGAUGGAGAGAAAGGACAGAAGGGUGAUCCUGGUGGAAUCCGAGGGCCACAAGGCCUGCCAGGUCCCAAGGGCGAGCCUGGAGUUGGAGCACUUGGUUAUACUGCAGAGGUAGUACCUGGGCCAAGAGGAUCAAGAGGGCAAAAGGGAGAGAGGGGAAUGCCAGGGAUACCAGGAGAGCCAGGAGAGAAAGGAGAACCUGGGGUGGGAAUUCGUGGUCCACCUGGCAUGAUGGGACCAAAGGGGGAGCCAGGAGUAGAGGGUCCACAUGGCCCUCCAGGUUUACAAGGUCCUCCUGGAGCCCCAGGAAGCGAGGGACCUCCAGGUCGUGAGGGCAGACCAGGACCUCCUGGUGAACCGACAGCACUGCCAAUUGUCGGAGAUGUUGGCUCACUUCUGAAGAAUGCCUGCAGUGUGUGCCAGAUGGGAAUACCAGGAUUACCUGGACAGAAAGGGGAGAAGGGAGCACCUGGAGCUCCUGGUGGGGUGGGCAUUCAAGGAGAUAAAGGUCUGAGAGGCCCACUUGGUAACCCAGGAAAAGAGGGUCCUAAGGGCGUGAAGGGGGAGAGGGGGUUUCCUGGCCCAAUCGGGGACAAAGGUGAUGAGGGUUCUCCUGGUGUUCCAGGACUCCCAGGUGCAACAGGUCAAAGUGGCCCUCCUGGUCCCAUUGGCAGACCUGGAAUUUCAGGUCCAGCAGGACCCAAAGGGGAACAAGGCAGCAAGGGUCCACCAGGCAGGCCUGGACUUCCUGGACCUCCUGGUGUCCCCUAUGUGGAUGGGAAUGGAAUGAGCAGUCUGUACAAGCUUCAGAGUGGAGGACCCCCAGGACCACCAGGACCUCCGGGGCCCAAAGGGGAUGAAGGCAGAGUAGGUGACCCAGGGCCAAUGGGAUUGCCAGGCUUUGAAGGACUGCCUGGAGCUAAAGGAGACACUGGUAUUCCUGGUCCACCUGGAGUCCCAGGUCCUAUGGGGAAACCUGGUGCUCGUGGUGAGCCAGGAAUCCCAGGAGAACCAGGAGUGCGAGGGCCUGUGGGAGAGACAGGUUUCCCUGGAUCUGAAGGACCUCCAGGUGUACCUGGAAGACCUGGAAAAGAUGGAAAUCCUGGAUAUGAGGGACCAGCUGGCAGGCCUGGUGAUAGAGGCUCCAAAGGAGAGCGGGGUGAUCCUGGGAUCCCCGGAGAGAGAGGUGUUCAGGGAGAGAGGGGACGACCUGGAGAAAAAGGGCUUUCUGGGACACAAGGCCUGCCUGGUGAGAAAGGACAUCCCGGUCCACCUGGUCCCGUAGGAUCACUGCUGAAUGAUUUCAACACCAUGAAGGAAAUUAAAAUGUUCAUCCAGAAUGAAGUAUUGCGCGUGUUUGAAGAAAGGUUAACGAGUUACACCAUGCUGGAAAAGGUGCCAGCACCAAUAUUGGCUGCACAUGGUCGCCAAGGCCCCCCAGGGCCCCGUGGAAAUGAUGGGUCCCCAGGUCUUCCUGGAGAGCCAGGACCUCCAGGCCCUCAAGGCUAUCGAGGACAGAAAGGGGAGCGGGGUCAAAUAGGCCUGGGGAUCCUAGGUGCACCAGGCCCUGCAGGCCCACCAGGGCCACCUGGAAUAGGAUUCCCAGGGCCUCAGGGCCCACAGGGAAAAUGCGAACCAAAUGACUGCACCCAUACUUUUCCCCACACCAACCAGGAGGUUUAGAGUCCAUUCUGUAGCCAUUCAGCCAAAGUCAAGUGUGGAGCCCACAAAGAACAAAAGUCCACAUCUUAAUAAGUAUAAAACAGCAGCCACUGACACAGGAAAAGAAACAUAUCCAUCUUUGAUAUGUUGCCAAAUCCAUGGUUGUAUUAUCAUUUUCAGAAAUGAUUGUUCAAUAAUUAUUUCACAAUUAGCAUUGCACCUCAGUUUUUGCUCAUAAUUACCACGUUAUCUUGUAUGUGUGACCAAAUGUAUUACAUAUUAGACCGUUAUUCUCAGGUUGUUUUUUUUUUUUAAAGGGCAAGAUAUAUAAGCUAGGUUCUUAAAUUCAUAAAUUCUUAUUUACCUCAGCUUUUUGUGCAAGAGAUAGAAAAUAGAUUAAUUACCGGAGUGAUGAAACUACAGAAUAUUAAUAGAGCAUAACUACGAUUUUGCAUAAUGAUUGUAGUGUGUUUAGCUUAAAAGUAAGUAUUUUUUAUGUGUAGGUUCUUCACAAGUGUAGGCCAGAGCAUUUGGGAAGAGCACUAUUCUUGACAAUGAAUUUUGUAUUUGUUUGUUUGUCUAUUCCACCAGUCAUUACUGUAAAUAUGGUGGCCAUUGAUUUAACUUUUUUUUUUUUACACUGUGGAUGAGCAUUUUUACUGCUUUCAAUGUAUGGAGCCUGACAUUAACAAAAAAUAUAGAAUAUAAAAACGUAUGCAACUGAUGUACACAAUACAGUAGGUUAAAACAAGUUUGGUUUAUUUAAAUGUUUAAAAUGUGAGGAAGGGAAGUAUUUAUUGUUUACAACAGCAUGCAACUGAAUCUUCCCACCAAGCUAUUACAUCUGAUUUAAUUCAUGCUGUAUGUAUAUUUUGAUUUGGCUGUUUUUCAAAUACAACUGAUGAUUUUAUACAAUGCUUUUUUUAAAUUAUUUUACAAUAUAUAUAAUUUUUGUCUGCUCAAGAAUGGUCUUUCUUUUAAGGUAUUUUAUAUAUCAUUCACAAUCCAGCUACACAAUUCAAAUGUUUUUAAAUGCUGUACAUUUUUACUGUAUUGGCUUAAGAUGUUUCUAUGCAAAUUGAUUAUUAUGGUUUGAUUCUGCAAGAGUUGUUUUUUUCCCCCCCCCCAAUUAAAAAAAGCCCCUUUAGUGACAUGC